CAUUCAUUCACUCCAUAUUUAUUAUCCGACAUUGGGGCGAUGGUCGUGUGUUUAUUUAAAUAACAUUUAAAAAUAACUUAAACCAACGUUAACAGUGAAUUAUUUGAUAAAAACCCUUCACCAUGGCGCUGGGAGCCUUUGCUGAAGAAUAUUUUCGCUCCAUGAACCCCUUAGCUUCGAAAAUCCACGAAGAUAUAGAGGAUGCAAAAAAUUCUUACGAAAAUAUAUGGGAAUCGCUCACGGAAAAAGAAAAGACUGAAAUAAUAAACGAAUCUCUAAUAAAACCAGACAUAGCGUUAAAAUACGCACUUUUAGACUCACUAGAUUUUGACAUUAACGACCCACCGGUCCGCAAGGAUGAUCUAAUGUCAUUCUUUGGACGAGACCACGGUCAGAAAGUUAUACAGGACGAAAAUACUUCUUACAGAGACGAACAUAGCAGUCCUUUUUUGUAUCAGACCAAAAGCCAGUUGAAUCUAUGCAUUUUAAGUGACUGCAGAACGCCUAAAGAGGUUAAACCAACUUCACCUCCUCCGGUAAUGUCAGAAUUGGCUUUAUCGCAUUCGAAAGUCGUUUCCGAACUGAAAAAUGCGUUAAAGUCCCAUGAUGUUUUAAGAAGUUCCUAUAAAGAAGGUCCGAAUCGAGAAGUGACUUCGCCAGGUUUUAUAAGCAAGUUUAUAGGCAAUUUUAAGAGUAAAGACGAAGAGAGAGAAUGUUUGGUCUCGUUGGGUCCUCAAACGCAGAUUGUGGCUUCGUCGGAGAACUUUUUUAGGACUAACUUUAAAAGUCCUCAAGCGGAGAAUAAGUAUGAAAAGGAUUAUAGAAGCAGUGUUGUCAAGUCUAAUAGUGAUCUUUCAGAAGAGAACCGUGGCCUCCUAUCCUCAAGUCAAGCAUCAUCAGGUACAGACUUUCAAUCCACUGAAACCCUCACGGAUUCAGUACCUAAGACUGGCUACGACUUUCUAGAUAACUGGUAAUGUUAGUAACCCUAGUUUAAUCAUUUGAGUUCGUUUGUAUGUGUGGGUGAACUUAUGUAGCA